CGGAGCAGAAACGGCCCAUUUUGAAAAGGCAUUCCUGCGACACAAGCUUCAGCUCGACCAGACGGCGGUGGAGGAAACCCUGGGGUCGGCUUCCGCGUAAAAGCGCACAGUUGGGGGGUGGUGAGGGGAUUUGGGGGGAGAAUUUACGUGUCGUCUGAAUCUCUCAUUUUGAGAAAGGAGCAAUCAUGCUUUUAGAAGUACGUGGCUCCAGGUUUUACUCCUCUGCGAGGAUGUUUGCGGCUCUGCUAUUUAUUCUGCUUUGUAUCCAGCCGGCACACGCGCAGACGUGCACUGAAGGUUUCGCUUAUGAUCGCGGGUCCAGACAGUGUGUAGAUGAGGAUGAGUGUCGUACCCAGCCAGAUGUUUGCAGAGGAGACAUGCGCUGUGUGAACCAGAACGGGGGCUACCUGUGCCUCCCCAGGAACCUGUACAACCAGCCGUACAGACCGGAGAUCCGGGCCCAGCCCGAGGCAGCCUACCCGGACCCGUCGGACAGCUUCCUCCCCGCUGUGCCGAGAUCCGUGGAGCCCAGCUACCCCCGAGUGAGGACCACCGCGCAGUGCAUCCUGGGAUAUGCCCCUGCACAGGACGGCUCCUGUAGUGACAUUGAUGAAUGUGAGACAAACUCUCAUCACUGUAACCCCACCCAGGUCUGCAUCAACACAGCAGGGGGCUACACCUGUUCCUGCACUGAAGGCUACUGGCUCAUUGGUGGACAGUGCCAGGAUAUUGAUGAAUGUCGCUAUGGUUACUGCCAACAGCUGUGUGCCAAUGUCCCUGGCUCUUAUUCCUGCUCCUGUAACCCUGGUUUCGUCCUCAACCCAGACAGCAGGACCUGUCAAGAUGUGGAUGAGUGUGAAGAUGAACCGUGCAGUCACGGCUGCUUCAACACCUACGGCUCCUUCAUGUGCAACUGUGACGAGGGAUUUGAGUUGGCAUCCGACGGAACUACCUGCAUUGACUUGGAUGAGUGCAGCUUCUCUGAGCUUCUGUGUCAGCACAGAUGUGUGAACACCCCUGGAUCCUUCGCCUGCGUCUGUCCGCCUGGAUAUUAUGUGUUUGAGGACGGCAGGAGUUGUGAAGAUAUCAAUGAAUGUGACACUGGUAACAACACCUGUACAACAGCACAAGUAUGUUUCAAUUUCCAGGGAGGCAAUACAUGCCUGGAUGCUUUACAGUGUCACUCUCCUUACAUCGAAGUUAGUGACAAUCAGUGCAUGUGUUCAGCUGAGAACCCUGCCUGCAGGGACAAACCCUUCACUAUUCUGUACCGACACAUGGACUUGUCGUCGGGGCGCAGUGUGCCUGCAGACAUCUUCCAGAUGCAGGCCACCACGCGCUACCCCGGCGCCUUCUACAUCUUUCAGAUAAAGUCGGGCAACGAGGGCCGAGAGUUUUACAUGAGGCAAACCAGCAACGUGAGCGCCACGCUGGUGCUGUCCCGGCCCAUCAAGGGGCCCAGGGAGCUGGUGCUGGACCUGGAGAUGGUCACGGUCAACAACGUCAUCAACUUCAGAGGCAGCUCCAUCAUCCGUCUGACGGUGUACGUCUCAGAGCACCCCUUCUGAGCCCCCCCCCCCCCCACCACCCCCCAGAAGAAAAAAGAAUUGAUGCUGUCACUGUUUUGUUUUAGAGGGCUCAUCAUCUUUUUAGAAAUCAUUGUGCCGUCAUCAAUAACGACUGAGCUUAGAACAGCUGAUGGGAAAAUCCUCCCUGUGCUGGAAUCCCCGCCCCGCUUUAAUGGACACGGAGCUUUUAUGGCUGCGUGUGGACGUCCCACACGGAAGCGUAUUUACGGUGUACAAUUUCUGACAUCCUCUGUUUAGACGAUUAUGGGAAUUGCCCUCGCUGAGAAUACGCAGUGCAGUUCUGUCUUCACAAGUUUCCUCAGUUGUCUGUGAAUUUUCACCCCUUCAGAUAAGCUGUGAAAGUAACUUUUUAAAUGCCUUAAAUACUCGAGCGCUGUCGCAUCAUUGCCCCUUUCUCUUUGCGAUGAGACGGUCAUCUGAGAUGAUGUGUGUCGGGAAAACUUUGCUCAAUAUUAGUUCAACGACAGAAAAGUCUGCUCACUCACACGGAGGCACGUUGAGUUCUGGGUCAUCUAUUAAUCACGGUGUUUGUGCAUCAAUGUUUAGAAUCUCGCGGUGCCGAAGCUGAUCGUCUGCAUCACCAGCAUUAUUCCCCCCCCGUUGUAGUGUGUUUAUCUUCCUUCUAUAUAUUUCAGAAGAAAACCUUUGAGUAGCCUUGAUCCAUGACUUUGUACAAUGUGUCAAUGUGUCUCCUGCUUGCAAGUAUUAUUUAAUAAAUGUCCUGUUUAAUGAUUUUG